UACAGCGAGCGAGCACAGUCUUCUGCGCUCACGCGUUCUGCUUUUUGGAUGAAGCCAGGACUCUUGGACAAUGUUUGUGUUGGAAAAACAUCUCAAAGCUUUUCACUAUAUCUAAGGAAAAAAACGAAACGAUCCGUGGCAGUUUUAUCCCGAGAGAUUUUUCACUACAAAAUGAGGGACCCACGUUUUCGCCGCGUCUACGGACUGGACUCACCGGUGGCAGCUUGACUAGAGGGGGAUUCCGGCUCCCUUUUUAUCUUUUCUCCCCUUGGAAAAAAGAGGAGUUUGCAUGCACAACGUGGUUUAUCUCGGCAAGCCAUGGAGGGUCUUGCCUAAAGUGGAUCCAACAUAACUUCUUGAGUUUACUUAACAUCGCAACAUCUAUAUCCAUUGAAAGUCUACCGUCCCAUUUGUGAAUCAUGGCUGAGAAGACAGGUGGAGCGAGUCCAAAGCCUAGCAACCUCCGAACCGCCACAUCCAUACCCCCUGAACCUAUCGACAUCAUCCGAACCAAGGCAAAAUCGCGCCGAGUUCGCCUCAACGUGGGAGGACUCAACCAUGAAGUCCUAUGGCGGACCCUGGAUCGCUUGCCCCGAACCAGGUUGGGCAAACUCCGUGAUUGCAACACCCACGAAUCCCUAAUGGAGGUGUGCGACGACUACAGUCUGAAUGAAAACGAGUUUUUCUUUGACAGACAUCCAGGAGCAUUCACCUCGAUUUUGAAUUUCUACCGCACGGGCAAGUUGCAUAUGAUGGAGGAGAUGUGCGCCUUGUCGUUUGGGCAGGAGUUGGACUACUGGGGCAUAGAUGAGAUCUACCUGGAGUCUUGUUGCCAGGCGAGGUACCACCAGAAGAAGGAGCAGAUGAACGAGGAGCUGAGGAGGGAAGCCGAGACGAUGCGGGAUAGGGAAGGAGAGGGGGAGUUUGAUAACACCUGCUGCCCAGACAAGAGGAAGAAACUCUGGGAUCUCCUGGAGAAACCCAACUCCUCUGUGGCUGCCAAGAUCUUGGCCAUCAUAUCUAUCCUCUUCAUCGUGUUGUCCACUAUCGCCCUGUCCCUCAACACUUUACCGGAGCUACAAGUGCCGGACGAAUUCGGUCAUGCCAACGACAAUCCGCAGCUCGCCCAUGUGGAGGCAGUGUGCAUCGCCUGGUUCACUAUGGAAUACCUCCUCCGCUUCCUCUCCUCUCCCAACAAGUGGAAGUUCUUCAAGGGCCCACUCAAUGUCAUUGACUUGCUCGCCAUCCUCCCCUACUAUGUUACAAUCUUUCUGACUGAAUCCAACAAAAGCGUGCUGCAGUUUCAAAACGUGCGGCGUGUGGUGCAAAUUUUCCGGAUCAUGAGAAUAUUGAGGAUCUUAAAACUGGCCAGGCACUCCACAGGUCUCCAAUCUCUGGGUUUCACUUUGAGAAGGAGCUACAACGAACUUGGUUUACUUAUUUUAUUUCUCGCGAUGGGCAUUAUGAUCUUCUCCAGCUUGGUGUUCUUUGCCGAGAAAGACGAAGAUGCCACAAAGUUCACCAGCAUCCCCGCGUCUUUUUGGUGGGCCACUAUUACAAUGACUACAGUGGGCUAUGGUGACAUUUACCCGCAGACUUUGCUUGGUAAAAUUGUAGGGGGGCUCUGCUGUAUCGCAGGAGUGCUGGUAAUCGCCCUCCCAAUUCCUAUCAUUGUUAACAACUUCUCUGAGUUCUACAAAGAGCAGAAGAGACAGGAAAAAGCCAUCAAGAGGAGAGAGGCGCUCGAAAGGGCAAAGAGGAAUGGAAGUAUUGUGUCAAUGAAUCUCAAAGAUGCUUUCGCUCGUAGUAUGGAGCUCAUGGACGUAGUGGUAGAGAAAGGAGAGGAAAAGAGAUUUGAUAACCACCUCUCGCCAAGUCGUUGGGGGUCAGCAAAGAAUGCGUCAUCAGAAACUAGCCUACGGUCACCAGAUAAAAGAAACCCAGAGUUGUCCCCUAAUCGAAUAACUAUUAUCACAUCAGGAAGUCCACAGCAUGAACACAGGACCCCACAACACCUUAACGCCGAGAAGUUAGAAGAGAUAUACAAUCAGAUGACAAAAUCACAAUCUUUCAACAAUUUAAAUACUGCAAGUUCAAUGAGCACCAUGAGCACAACUAUGACCGGGCCUGGUUCGCCCAAGAAAACCUACAGUCCAGAAUCCACCCUGAAAGAGGAGGUGGAGCUGGAGAUGACAGAAGUGCAGAGAGCAUGCUGUUCGGAGGAUUUUCUGCAACAAAAAGAUGGCAUUGAACCUUGUGAAUUUCAUACAAAGCUUCCAUUUUUAGAUCUGAGUCAUCUGGGUACGGCGGACAAACUCUAUCAGUCUGAGCUCCACAUUGACGAAGAUGGGAGUUUUAAUAGCGCCAUGGAAACGAUGUCUCCGAGAAGGAACAAUCCUCUGAAGAUAAAGGGUUUGACGGUAAAUAGAAACUCAGCAGAGGGUCCGCUGACACCCCCCAGCACUACCUCUCCUGGAGAUAUCAGCUCCAGCAUCAUGGAAGUCGAAUCACCCGAUGGAGAGCUGUCCCCACUCAUACCGUGUUCGGAUGAGCUCGUUCCCAUUGCGGAGGAGGAGUCAUUAUCCCCAAAAAGGCUGGUCGUAGACACCCCACCUGGAGACGAGGACCCGACUACGGAGGAUCAUCUCAUGGAGGUGGCAGGGGCGGUGGUAGGACCCCUGUCGCCCAAGAUGGCAGCACAAAACUGCACCCAAGCUGUAGUCGGGGCAAGUGGGGAGUCCGAUAGCAACCAAAGUGGACACAACAAAGUCGAGAACCACAUGUUUACAACGGAAAUCCAUCUGAUACCAGGAGAUGGCAGUCUUUCUCCAACCUGUGAAACCAGCAUGUGACAAUAAGAUAAUUUAAAAGACUCGGGAACGCAAGACAAGGAUGCAGUAAAAGAUAUUUUUGCAUGGCAUGACAAGUCCCUUUUACUUGUGUUUUGCUGAAGAAGAGAAAAACUGAGGUGCUUAUCCGGAGAAAUAAAGGAUGUCAUCAAUUGCUGUAGGUAGACUCAUGGCCCUCCUGAUGUACAUAAUUAUUUUCUAGCAAACUGAAGGAAGGGGGACUUAACUGUACAAAGCAUGCAUUUAGACAAAGACAAGAUAUUUUACGGUGCUUAGUUUGCUGAAAGCGCUCCACUGUAAAUACCGGGACAUCAAAGCCAGUGACAAUGCACAGGAUGGUAAAACAAAAAGACUGUUGAUGCCAGUACUGAUACUUGCAAUGUGAAAAAUAAUGUGAGAGGAUGGUGGGUGGGUUUAGGUAGAAAAACACAGAAAGCCCUCAGAUUGGGUGUUGCAUUGUAGCGAACUCUAAAAUAAAAACAUAUCAUUACUUUUUGUGGAAAUGCAAUGUUCCCAUGACGACCUUGUAAUGCUUUUAUUUUUGUUUAGUGUGGUAAACGGUCUAUGAAAACUGUAUGAAAUGUUUUGGGUUUUCAUAAGUAAUUAUUUAGGUUGUGCAUCCAAUUAUCACAGAUCUUGACAAUAAGGAUAAAAAACGUUGUUCCUUUUACUCACACUUGUAGUUGCCAAAUAUACUAGCAGUACUUGCAAAUAGGCUUUGGACAAGAAACUACUACUUCUUCAAACCCACAAAAAUAUACAGUAAAUAUAUAAUUUUUAUGUUUGGCUUAUUGUAUCAAAUAGUGUAAAAUACAUAGGUCUAGAUUGGUCAUAGGAAAUUCUACAUUAACUAGAAAGAAUUUAGCCAAAUAAGACAGCACAGUACACCUGGGCAAUAAUCCUUUUGCUCUUGUAACGCUUCACUAAAAACAAGUAGUAGAUAAUCAACUACAAUAGAAAUUCCUUCCUAGUGGCAUCAAUGGACCAAAUGAAGCACACUGUCAAGCUCUUGUCUAUCUCAGCUGCAUAGAAAUAUAUAAUGUAAGAACAUAUACAAUGACAUUUAUUAUUAUUGAUAUAUUUUGUUUUUUUGUUUUGCAUUGAUCAUAUCCUCGGCACCCUGAUGUCAGUUUGUUUGGUACUACUGCGAGUUUUAUCUGAUCCUGCUGAUCAAUUUGAGAGCAUCUUUUUAUUUUGUAUAUGUGUUUGCGUCCUGGACUGUAAUUUAUUGUGUUAUAUUGUGAACAAAUAAUGAUUUUCAGUCAAACUUAAAAACCCAAAGGAGUUUUAUUUUUUUGGUCUUUUUUGCUCACUUCUGUUUUACACUGACUGAAAUAUCUUGUCUGUAUGUUGCCUUUGAUUCCAUGAUGAUGAUGAUGAUGAGUUGUUGCUGAAAUGAUUUUUCUAUUGUUUUAGCAUGAUACUUUUAGCGGCACGUUGCGUUUGUUGGAGCCUCGCAAACGACGAAGAUAUUGGCCGAAUAUGAUUGGGUGGUUCCUGUCUUUUGUUUUACAUUUGUUUUUCUUACUCAAGUCAUGUUUUGUUGUCACAGAAAGGUGUGGAAUGUGCAAUCUAUGCAGGCCAAGAAUUGUGGCACUUUAUUUUCUGUCUAUGGGAUUUGUAAGUGUACAGGCAGAAACUACUUGUAUUUUUCCAAUGUUAUAUCUUUAAUAUGAGGCGAACAGUAUUACAGCUACCAGAUUCUCACAAACAAUGCAAAAUCUGAGUUUGACUUUUUCGUAUGGAUAGCAAUUGACUUCAAAUUUGACUAUGUAUGGAUCCAAAUUGACCACUUGGGCCUUUUAUAUUACAGUUGGAUUGAAUGAAAUCCAACUUAUGUCUGUCAAAAAUAAUUUUAAUGGCCACACACAAUGGAUUUUAUGUUUUUUGUGAAUCAAUGUUGAGAAUGAUUCUAUUUUUUCUAAAACAAAAUAGAGCACGACCACAAUUUUUCUGCCAUAUUUGGUGGUUGAAAUGCUGCGUGCCUUUUCAUAAGUGUUUAUGAGAAGGUAGCAAGUCAUUUUUGCUUUGUUCAUAUAGCACUGUACAGAAAAAAAAUCUAAUUUUAUAGGAGAAAUCAGGUCUUUAUGUAAUAGAUAAAGUAAUGUUGUUGAGUUCUCAGGUUUUCUACAACUCUCUCAAUUGGAUAGAACUCUGUUUUUCUUUCACAGCUUUUUUGAACAGUGAUGUUGUCAAAUCCACAUUGAUGUCUUGGCUCCCAGAGCAAAGCACUCUGGGUAAUAUGUGUAUUGCAUUCACUAUCCACCCCAUCAGUCUUCAGUGAGGCGAGAAAGGAGCACAAUACAAACUUCUGGCCAGUAAGAGUUUGAGAAUCCCAUAAAACACAUGUGAGAUUAAACAAAAACACAUUUGCCAAGUGACAAGUCCAUGUGAUUUCUCAUGCUGACACUACAGCUUUAGACUAACCACAUUGCAUGCCCUCCAGUACUGUGUAGGCUGAUAAAUAGAAAGAAACCACCUUCUAAAUUAUUACAUUGCACCACUUGUGGCCCAUUCUGUGUACAUAUAGUUCAACAAUCAAAGAUAUUUUCAAUGUAAAAUCCCUUCAUUUCAAACUCAUCUGACCUUCAAAAAAUCCCUCUUCCCAUCUGGGUCUGUUCAGUUUUACUUCCGAGCCCCUUUUGUUUGUCGUUAUCACAUCUCCACGUAGGCCCAGACCCAUCCUUCAUUCUGACAGCCAGGGCGAGAGGAACAUGCCAUUGAUCGGAGAGACUCCCCUGGGAUGGCGUUUGUGUGGAUACUGAAAUAAAUAGUGUUGAAGAUGACAGCAAAAAUGGGAGUGCGCUCUGUCUUACUUUCUCAGCAUUAUCCAGCCCUUAUCCCAUAUGGAAAGGUAUUCUUCCUGAGAGAAUGGGUAUUGUCUAUGUCACUCAUGCGUGCUUAACAGAAACAUCCCUACAAAGCAUUAAGCCAUUGCAUUAUUCUUAUUAUGUUGUAUUUUGCCUCUUACAUUACGUUUUAUUUGUCCAUUAUCUUAUCUGUAUUUGACACAUUCAGAGCUACAGACUGUUUUUUUCUGUACAAAGCAACAUCAUCUUUGUAUGCAUGUAGUAGUCUGAACAAUUAUGUGACCACACUUUGUUAUGGUACAUGUAUGUCAACAUUUCUGUAGAGCAUUGUUCCCCAUUGCGUCUAUUAGCAUAUGCAGAAUAACAAAUAAAUGUGUAUAUAACUUG